AUGACAGACUCCAAAUAUGACUAUUCUGACAUUACUCCUGUCGAUAUAAACACUGAAGAGCCUCAAAUAUGUCAAAUUUUGUAUGACGAAGAUUACAAACAAAUUAUGGGGUUAUUACUUGCACUUAUGAAAGCUGAAGAGUAUUCUGAACGUGCUUUACAUAUCACUGAAUUGGGCAUUAACGAACUAGCUUCACAUUAUACAAUUUGGAUCUAUCGAUUUAAUAUUUUGAAAAACUUACCCAAUAGAAACCUUUAUGAUGAAUUGGAUUGGUGUGAAGAAAUUGCUUUGGACAAUGAAAAAAACUAUCAGAUUUGGAAUUAUCGACAAUUAAUUAUUGGUCAAAUUAUGGAAUUGAAUAAUAAUGACUUUGACCCAUAUCGAGAAUUCCCUAUAUUAGAAGCAAUGUUAAGUUCAGACCCCAAGAACCAUCAUGUUUGGUCGUAUCGUAAGUGGUUGGUUGAUACGUUUGAUUUACAUAAUGACGCAAAAGAAUUAUCGUUUGUUGAUAAAGUCAUCGAUACUGAUUUGAAAAAUAAUAGUGCUUGGUCUCAUCGAUUCUUUCUAUUGUUUAGUAAGAAACAUUUGGCCACCGAUAAUACAAUUGAUGAGGAGCUAAAUUAUGUUAAAGAUAAGAUUGUUAAAUGUCCACAGAAUCCAAGUACUUGGAAUUAUUUAUUGGGGAUUCAUGAACGGUUUGAUCGAUCAAUUACUCAAUUAGAAGAGUUUAGUUUGCAAUUUGUUGAUUUGGAAAAAGAUCAAGUGACGAGUUCAUUUGCUUUGGAGACAUUGGCAAAAAUAUACACACAACAAAAGAAAUACAAUGAGUCUAGAACUGUUUAUGAUUUGUUGAAAUCUAAAUAUGAUCCAAUUAGAUCCAAUUUCUGGGAUUAUCAGAUUUCCAAACUCACAUCGGUGUAA